AAUAGCAUGCAUUCUAUAUCUUCUCAGGAUCUCAAGUCAGCCUUAGCUGUACUUCAAUCAUCUCUGAACUCUUCCAUACUCUUCUUUUGUCAGUACUGAAAAGUCUCUCUCUCUCUCUUCUUUUGUCAGUGAAAAGUCUCUCUCUCUCUUUUUUUGUCAGUGAAAAGGCCCCCCCCCCCCCCCCCCCCCCAACAUGGUGCCAUCAAAAAAGUUCAGGGGGGUGAGGCAGCGACGUUGGGGUUCUUGGGUUUCUGAAAUUAGACAUCCUUUAGUGAAGAGGAGGGUAUGGCUAGGAACUUUUGAAACAGCAGAAGAGGCAGCUAGAGCCUAUGAUCAAGCUGCAAUCUUGAUGAGUGGCCGUAAUGCGAAAACUAACUUUCCCAUGCCUCAAACUUCGAAUGAAGAUGACCCAAAAUCAAGUGAUCAUCAACCUUCACUCACAACACCACCAAAUGGUUUGUCCCAGAUCCUCCAUGCCAAGCUAAGAAAGUGCAGCAAGGCACCAUCACCAUCAAUGACUUGUUUGAGGCUUGACGCUGAGAAUUCCAUUGGGGUUUGGCAACAGCGUGCUGGUCAGCGGUCUGACUCAAAUUGGGUCAUGACAGUGCAGCUUGGAAAGAGAGAUGAGAGCCAAGUUUCUGAGAGUGCAUUGCCAUUGCCUGAUCAGUCUCCAGGAGGGAUAUCAGGACCAGAAUGGAGAGAAGAAAUGGAUAAAGAAGAGAGAGUGGCACUGCAAAUGGUUGAAGAGCUUCUUAACAGGAAUUGUCCUAGCCCUCCUUUUGGGGUUCAAGAUCAUGAGGAUGACAGCUUUUUUCUUUAGCUAUCUAUGGUCUUUAUGAUCAUGGGAUUUCUGUGAGUUUGUGUGCUUGGUUUAAGGAAGUGAUCAAGUGUGUGUAGGAUUGCAUGUGACAUUACUAUUCUAAUUAGUAUAACCCAAAUAAUUAUACAUAUAUAAAUAUUUAUGUGUCAGAUUACGAAAGGGUGGAGAACCAGUUGUUACGUGUUUAUAUAAUUAAUUAAGAAGUAUUGUUAUGUGUUUAUUGAAAAAUAAAUUAAGGAAUCAAUUAUGAUUUCAAUUUCGUAUA